AUGUCAGCACCUGGCCCUCAAAUCUCGAACGCGAAUAAAGAAGACACCGUCCUUGUGGCUGCCUCUACACCUGCUGCCGGAGCUGCAGCGGCCCAGUUCCAGAGUCCUCGAGCAGGCUCUAUAUCAUCGGCUGGCCCUUUGCAACCCACCGAGAAUAUGCCCCCGGUGGAUACGAAUGCCUUUGAGCCGUGGGCUGAUGCAGUCUUGCCGACUGUCGACGACGCUUACUCCUCUGCACUCUGUGUAUCUACCAACCUCCGAGCACCGUCAGAGGCAACGCAGCCGCCACCCUACGGAGAGCCAGAACACUCUGUCCGGAGAACUCUCAGUCCCAAAGAAAUAGCGCCUGGGGAGGAGAGUCAUCCAUCGGUUCAAGAGCCCAUGUCCCCUCCUGCCACAACUUCCGCAGGGUCGUGUGCUGAUGUAGGCAUCGAGGAUGUGAGCGAAGUCCACGGUCCUUCCUCAUAUCUUUCAAUCUGCUCAGAGCCAGCCGUUGAUUGGGUUUCGCACCACAUCGGCGCGCCGGACUUCAGAACUCUCGCCCUGCGACUCACGGCCGACGUGAUGCGCAGCGAGAAGCUGGAGCGCGCCGUGCAGUCAGAAAGAACGCCCGAACCAGACUUUCAGACGGCACGGAAAUGGACGACAGCAUUCUUUGAUCAGGGCCUUGACGCCAUUUUCGGAUGCAUCCAUCGUCAAGCAUUCGAGCAGAAGCUUCGCGCCCAAUACGAAAGUAAGCUUCCUUCUGGACCUGCUCAGGACGCUGCCUGGUACGCACUCCGCAACACCGUCUACGCAGCGGGCUGUAGGAUCACGCUGUCCGAGGGCGCCUACCCAUCCGCCUUCUUCGAAGCCCGCACGCAGGCGUGGCGAUACUUUGAAAACGCUCUGUCGGUGCACACGGACCUCGUCUAUGGGCGCAGUGGCAUCACCGCCAUCCAGGCGCUACUAAGCAUGGCUUUCUUCGCUGAAGCACUCGGAAGCCCGGCUUUGGAGUACAUGCUCCUCUCGAACGCGGUCCGCCUGGCACAGUCCAAGGGAUUGCAUCUCCAGGCGAAUAAGGCUCUGCAGCUCCGAGAGGAAGAUGUUGCAGUUCGGAACGUCAUCUGGUGGAAUCUCUACAUGUACGACAAACACCUGGCAUAUCGCUCUGGUCGACCUAGCGUAAUACCAUUCUCCCCAUUACUCUGCUUACAAGUCGAGCUAAAUCUUACUCAGGCCAUUGACGACGACGACAUCAGCUGCCCCAUUCCGACUGUCGUACUUCCCGGUCAUCAAUUCAAUCUCGAAUUCUUCCGCAACACUGUCAACCACGCCAAAAUCUCGUCGCUGAUCUUGAAGCGCUUGUUGACCGUCAAGGCCAUGCAGCAGAGCCCUGAGGAAACGUUGACGGUGGUUCAGGAUCUCCAUCAGGAGCUUCUCACCUGGUACGAGUCUUUGGCGCCAUGUUUCCGGAGCAGCCCGCCCUACCGAGCGAAUAAUCUACCACUGGGCAUCCAGCCUCAACACAUCAUCUUCACCCGGUUUAUCUACAGCGGGUCGCUCAUCGCGAUGCAUGCAGGUUUUUGUCAACCGUGGAGCCGACCCGGAUUGGCGCUCAGCUCGAGUCCUCGCGUGGUCGCUCAGCGGCAGCGCAGUACCGAGAUCGUGGCCUCUGCUGCUAGAGACAUCAUCAUGGCCACCCAAGGCUUGACUGUCUCCGCAGGUUCGCCCGUAUGGCUGGCAUUCUACUUUCCACUCGUGGGCCUGAUCAAUUUGUUCCUCCACGUCAUCCAGCACCCGACCCUCCCCACGGCCAAUUCGGACAUUUCGUUGAUGGAUGCUAUCGUCGGCCACUUUGGCUACAUGGAAUACGCUAGUGGCUCUGAAUUAGUUUUCAAGUUCCCUCGCAAAUGCGUCGUGUAUGCCAGGGAAGUUGUCAAGCGAGCCAGAAGGCAAUCGACCAGUCAACAUGCGGAUCAACAACCUCCCAAUACCGCCGACGUUAUGCUGCCGAGAUUCUCAGAUCCUUGUCCAGACUUCCCUUUACCCGAGGUACACCCUUCUGCCCUGCGCGUCGACUUGACCCGUAACCCUAACUAA